AUGACAAAAAAUGUAACAACCACCACCUCAAACUUCAGCUUCACCACCGCCGAGCGCGACAUCCUCCUCAAACUCCUCAUCUUCUCAUCCCGCACGACCACCUGGCUUCUCGGCCGAAACGACGCCCCGAUAGCCUCAAUCCAGCGAUGGCAGCUCCUGAUGAAACAACUAGCACUGACGGCAAAGAUUCUCCGGACCGGCAGAUUCGUCCAGCAGUUCAAUUGCGCCGCCCGAGCACUAACGCGGAAGCACCAGGACUAUUUCCUAGCAUACGUCACGGUCAUUCGACAGCUGCUGAUAGCGGUAUACCUGACGUUUGAUAACGCGACUAUCUUCAAUAGCAUCGGCUUUAUCCCCUGGAAAGGUGCAAGACGGUUGGAGAUCAGGGCGUUUCGGCUAUGGUUUGCCGCUGGCGUCUGCGGGAUCGUCGCGCAGAUAUACUCCCUGUACCAAUUGAACCUCCCCAAUCAAGUCCCAGAAAAGCAAUUGCUCUUGUGA